AUGAGGCAUCCACUUUGGGGCAGAGUGCAGGAAAUAUAUGGAGAAGAUCCGUUUUUGUCUGGUUGGUUGACUGAAGCUUAUGUGACUGGGUUACAAGGUGAUCACCCUCGUUACAUCAAAGCCAAUGCAGGAUGUAAAACUCUAGCUGCACAUUCAGGACCAGAAAACAUCCCAUCAUCUAGAUUUUCUUUUGAUGCUAAAGUUAGUGAAAGAGAUAUGCGCUUAACAUAUUUACCUCACUGGGCUGCUUGCAUAAAUGCUGGAUCAAUGAAUAUUAUGUGCAGCUAUAAUAGUUUCAAUGGAAUCCCAGCUUGUGGUAAUAAAAGGUUGAUGCAAGAAAUUGCUAGAGGGGAAUUAGGUUUCAAAGGGUACUUUAUUAGUGAUUGGGAAGCAAUAAGAUUUAUCUACACUGGCCACAAAUAUACAAAAUCUUUAAUGGAAGCUGUUGUGUUAGCCGCUAAUUCUGGUGUUGAUUUAGAACUUCCUGGUAAGGAUCCUGCUUACAAAUUGUUGUACGAUGCUGUUGUAAACGGAUUAGUCAGGUCAUUUUUUAUUAGUUUUCCGUUUGUAAUAAAUUAA